AUGAAAGCAGCAACAUCCGAUGAAGCUUCAAGCUCUAUUUUACAUUCGUCAUUACGAUUCAUGUCUCUAAGUGCAGUUGAUAGUUUACCAAAAAUUGAAUCAUUAAUGCGAAGUGUUCGACGACAACGUUCAGCACCACAUUCGGAUUCAAAUACUCUCUCACCUGACAUUUUACGGGAAACAGAUCGUGGAGAAGAAUUUAUAUUAUAUGAAUAUAAUGAAAUGAUUAUUUUUACCGCAAAAACAAAUUUAUCUUUAUUGAAGGACUGCAAGCACUGUGUGCCCGAACAAUUUUAUCAACUAUUUACAUUACAUACGUUGCUAAAAUCAGUGAUCAUUCCAUUCGUUUAUAGCUUAUUAAUUGGUAAAAAAGCCUCCGAUUAUAAGAAUUUUUUUGAAAAAGUUUUAGAAAAAGAUAAUUUUGCACUGGAAUCAAUACUUAGUGAUUUUGAAUCAGCAACAACUAAAACCAUUAAAGAAAUUUUUCCCAAUGUUGAACACAGAGGUAACCUAAAUAUUGAACCUAUGUAUUCUAAUCAUAAUUAUAUACUUUAG